AUGUCGUCGUUGAUCAAUCGAAGUGGAAGAAGUAGAAAGAAAAGCGAGAGGAUAUUACUAAAGACGACAUUCAGCAAAUUCACUAAUGAAGAAUCCAAUCCAUUGCUUAUUGAUAUUGAAGAUGCAGACAAUGAAGGAAACGAACUAGUACAACCUCAGAUUAGAAGAGAAGGACAGAAGAAGUUUUCAACACCUAAGAAGAAAACUAAAAAUCAAACUGGUGGUGUGGGGGAACGUGUUAAUCGCACACCAGCUCAUUCAAUGCGAAGGGAUCUUAAAGUUGUAGUUUUGAGCUCAGAUUCAAGAAAAGAUAAUGUUGCUGUCAAGAACCUUGACGAAGAUGAAGACUCUGAUUUUGAAGCUGACAUAACUGUGGUAACAAGGAAAAAGAGAAGGCAUCAUACUUCAUUCAAAGAUGAUGACAAAGAAAAUGUGAAGAAAUUUAAAAGACAAAGGAAUAAAGAAGGAAAUGUAUUAAAGCCAAGAAAACAUCCUAAAGUUGUAGCAAGUGGUGCAGAAGAAGCUAAGCGAAUACAAGUACGGACAUCUCCAAGUGUUUUGUACAGUUGUGUGCAUAACCUUAGCAUGGAACAGGAAGCUUAUAUUUCUUCUAUUGGUCUGGGGCAUUUGUUGAAGAUGAAAGUGGAUGGGUGUGCAUCAAUUAUGGGGCAUUAUAUUGUAAGGAAUUUUAACGCAGAUAGGAUGGUACUCAAACUUCAUCAUGGAGAGAUACCAAUCAAUCGGCAAGUUAUUCACGAAAUGUUGGGUCUGCCUCUAGGACAUGUUACAAUAAAGUCUAUGCCUUAUAGAGAAGUCACAGAUGACACGAUAACUGUUUGGAGAAAACAAUUCGAAGAUGAAGAUAAUAUUAGACCAAGGGCAGUUCAACAAGUUAUUAUGCAGUCAACACGUGCGGAUUUAAUGUUUAAAGUAAACAUCUUUGUCCUGUUGUGUAAUACACUAGGUCAGUCGAUGAGCAUGGGCACAUGUGACCUGUCGAUGUUAUCAAAAGUGACGAAAGAUCUGGAUCUAAGUGACAUUGAUUGGUGUGGAUAUGUUUUUGAUUGCCUUAAGGAGACAAAAAGUGCGUGGAAUCCAAACAACAAAAAAGGAUUCUAUGUUGGGCCAAUUAUAUUACUGCUGUUGCUAUACCUAGAAAGUGUUCGAUGCGAUUCAGUGAAGAUUGUACGAUGCAGACCAGCAAUAUGUUGUUGGAGUGUUGAUAAACUACGUGAGCGAGAAAGAGUAGAGUGUAGGACAAUUGGUCUGGGUAUGGGUGAAUUGCAAGAUCCAUUUCAAUUCAUCAAUGAAGCAUUUGGGAACUGGUAA